AGUCCCGAUUCACAUACCAGUCCGACCUAGGACGAGGUUUCAGGGAUCCCAUUCGGUAAAGGCCUCCCAAGUUAUUCCGGUUGAAUUCGUUGAAUUAACAUUUUUGUCAUUCGAUUUAAAUUACGAGAGGGUCAUUUUUAAUCAACUAUCGAAAUCAAAGCCAGGAUGAAAGGAAUUCUGGUUUUCGGAGUGUUGAUGGCUCUCAUCGGUUGCGGUUCGAUUGACGCUCAACAUCGUCAAUUGGACUGGUGGGAAAGGAUGACCUUGUAUCAAAUAUAUCCAAGAAGUUACCAAGACAGCAACGGCGACGGAGUCGGAGAUCUGAAGGGGAUCACGAGCAGACUCCACCACUUGGUCGAUGCCGGAGUCGACGCCUUUUGGUUGUCUCCCAUUUACAAAAGUCCGAUGGCAGAUUUCGGAUACGACAUAGCAGACUUCAGAAAUAUCGACCCUAUCUUCGGUACGUUGGACGACUUCGACCAACUGGUGAGGACCGCUCACGAUCUUGGACUCAAAGUCCUCAUGGACCUCGUGCCAAAUCAUUCGUCGGACGAACACGAGUGGUUCCAAAGGAGCUUGAGAAAUGAAACUCCCUACGCGGACUUCUACACUUGGCACCCUGGCACGGUGGUAAAUGGGGAACGCGUUCGUCCCAAUAACUGGGUGAGCGUUUUCGGUGGCCCCGCUUGGACCUGGCGCGACGAAAGGCAGGCCUGGUAUCUCCAUCAGUUUGAUCCGAAACAACCGGAUCUCAAUUACCGAAACGAGCAUCUCGUUCAGGAGAUAAAGGACGUUUUCGUCUACUGGAUGGACAGAGGUACCGAUGGAUUCCGCGUGGACGCCGUUCCUCAUCUGUUCGAAAUUGAAAGUUUAAUCGACGAACCCUUAUCGGGGUUGACAGAUAUCCCGACAAACUACAGUUACACGGUGCAUGAUUACACUACGAAUUUGGAAGAGGUUUACGACAUGGUCGGCCAGUGGGUGCAAGUUUUGAAAGAUUAUUCUGACCGAAGUAACUCAACGAGGAUCAUGAUGAUAGAAGCUUACACCAAUAUAUCAUGCACUAUGAGGUUCCACGAAAUCGGGGCGCAGUUCAGCUUCAAUUUCGGUUUUAUUGAAAAUAUCGACGAAUCCGCCACAGCGUUGGACAUUAAACAAAAGGUCAUAGACAAUUGGCUUGACAAUCUGCCUCCGCAAAGCACGCCGAACUGGGUGAUUGGAAAUCACGACAAGAAUCGCGUGGCUAGUAGAUUUGUUCCCGAACUUGUUGAUGCAUUGAACAUGGUGAAUCAUUUGCUACCCGGAGUCGGAGUCACGUACUACGGUGAAGAAAUCGGCAUGGAAGAUCGAUGGAUAUCGUGGAACGACACCCAGGAUCCACAGGGAUGUGGCGCGACGCCGGAAACUUUCGAAGAUUACUCUCGAGACCCGGCGAGAACUCCUAUGCAAUGGGACGCCACAACCGCGGCCGGAUUUUCCACCACCGAUAAAACGUGGUUACCCGUAAACGACAAUUACAGGACACUGAAUCUGGCUGCUCAAAAGGAGGCGGACGUUUCUCAUUUCAAGGUCUAUCAAGCCAUUCUCAAAUUGAAAAAAGAGGCCGUCAUUCAACACGGAACGGUGAACGUGAAGCUGCUCAAUAAGAACGUUUUGGCUUUCUCCAGGGAACUGGAGGGAUCUGGCGAAGUGAUCGUCGUGGCGAACAUGGUCAACCGGACGGAGAAAAUUAGCCUGAACGCGUUUUCGGGUCUUCCCGAUACUCUGACGGUGUCGAUAGCGAGUAUCCAUUCGUCGUUGACCGCCGGGACGGAGGUGUCGAAGAGCAGCUUCGAAAUUUCGGGAAUGGCCGGUCUCGUACUGCGCAGCGGUGCCGACGCCCUCACAUCAAGUUUGGUCUUGACGCUGAUUACCGUGCUCUUGGCUUAUUUCCGUUACUAGUAUCUCAACACCCCGAUAGAUUAAUCAUUGUAACUCAAUUUUAUCGUUGUAUCUCGACUAUCACACAUCACAUCGAAUAGAUUAAGAAGGUGGUCGCAUGGAUUAAGGGUUUAUAUCGUUAGAAAUUACUCCGCUGACGCGUUUCGAGCGGCGGAGCGAAGUAACGAGUAUUCAGUAUCGAUCGACGUAUCGGAAGACCUGCAUAUUCGCUAACUCGUACAGUAGAUAUUGUUUGUACCGCCGUAAUGAUGCAAGCGACAAAUGAUGCCAAUUCUCAACAGCUCGACGAUUAAAAAAUCUUUAUCCGAAUCCAUCUCAAUGUUACGUAAUCACGAAAUGUCCAUGUGUCAUAACUGCAUAUAACUUCGCGCAAUAAGAUAAGUUACAUUAGAUAACGUUCGAGUAAUUUUCCAUUGUCACUGUAUCGUAGCGUAAUAAAUUCUUUGAUGGAAAAAAUA